AUGUUGUCUGAAAUAUUGAAAUAUCUAGUCAUUGCUAUAGGUUCUUACCUGGUUUACUUAGUUUUAGAGAUCAUCUUUCCACCAUUCAAUUUCCCGAAAACAAUCCCUACAAUCCCAUUCUAUGUUUCGUUUUUGGGUUCGUAUGAAAAUUUAGACCAGGAACAAAUCUAUAAACGGUAUCUCAAAGACAAGUUAGAAAAGUACGGAGCAGUAAAAAUUUAUUUUGCUUCAAGGUGGAAUAUUUUAGUAUCUAGGCCAGAGUAUUUAUUGACUAUUUUCAAAAAUGAAGAUGUUUACGCAAAAAGUGGUAACCACAUCAAGAUUCCUGGUUCAGUUAUGGCCUCAUAUACAGGGGACAAUAUUAUCAGUGCUCAUGGAGAGUUGUGGAAAUUGUAUCGCGAAGUUGUCGCACCAAGCAUUCAAUUCCCAGAUAAGGAACCAGUAUACAAAAACACAAAGAUGAUGCUUGAAAUUAUUGAAAACGAACUAAAGAACAGUGAUACAAUUGCAAUUGCUGAUAUUUUACAAAGAUAUACUUUGAAUAAUGUAGGUAAUUCGAUGAUUGGAAUUGAUUUUCGGGCUCUAGAGGGUCUGCAAUCGUUUAUGCAUCAAAAAAUAAAGUAUGUCAAGCUGCAAAUUUUCCGACCAUUUUACAUGAAUUUUCCAUACUUUGAUAAAUUUCCUAUUCCUAGCAGGUUAACCGCUAAGAGAGAAGUUAAUCUGUUUCGUAAUUGGUAUGGUCAGAAAUUGAUUGAUGAGCACAAGCCUGAACUAUCCAAUAGUGCAGCUACUAAGUUGGUCAAUGCAUUAAAAGAUGGUAAAUUAACUGAAAAGCAAUAUUUGGAUAAUGCAGUUAUAGUAAUGGUUGCUGGCCAUGAAAAUCCGUUGUUAUUGAUGCUUUCUGUGUUGUUUAUUCUUGGCAAAAACCCGGAUUUGCAGGAAUCAUUACGAACGGAAAAAAUACCCUUGGAACUGGUGAUUUAUGAGACCUUGCGAGUUUAUCCUCCUUUGGCACAAAUCAUUAACAGGUGUACUACCAAAGCUACUGUUUUGGGUGAAAAUAUUUUUAUUCCCAAGGGGGUUUAUGUAGGUUAUAACAAUCUUGCUACAGGGAGAGACCGUGGUAUUUGGGGUCCUGACGCAGAUGAAUUCAAUCCUAGUCGCUGGGGUAAUACGUUGGAUGAAAUUAAUCAAAACUAUUCUCAGGCGAAGAGAAUGGCAACUUUACCUGCAUUUCAUGGCAGGAAGAGAGCUUGUUUGGGUGAGAAAUUUGCUAUUUUUGAAAUCAAGGAAUGUAUUUCGGCAAUUAUUGGCAAAUAUCGUAUUUCAUUGGGUGAAAACUGGAAACCAAAACUUACUCCUUCGGGUCCGGUUUGCCCAUUAGGGUUGCAAAUUAAAUUUGAGAAGGCUUAA